AUGGGACGACUUUCAAGGGCCUUCUCCAGGGUCAAGGAGACCGACAAGGAGAAAGAAGCAAACGUAACCACCACUGUCGACUCUGUCGAAAAGAGUCCAUCGCCGCCCCCUCCGGCUUAUGAGGACGCUGGACGUCAACAACACAAUGUUCAGCUCUUUACACCAUCUGCCAGCAGCUUGCCGCAACUUGAUCCAGACUUGCCUAGUCCCGAGGAUUGUGUGGCACAUCUCAAGCUUCUGGAGUGCUUCUACCGCCUGAAGCAAAAGAUUGCAAGUACUGAAGGUCUCUUUGGCAUAUCUUGUGAUGUUGUCGGGGACUUCGACCAGAGCACACCACAGAAGGACACUCAGAAGGAGCCAAAGAAUGAGACGUUGACUCUUCUUGCGGAGAAGAGAUGGCAAGUCUACGUCUCUCGGGCAGUCGAGCGCUUCGCAAGGUGGAGGUAUAGCCUGGAGCCCAACCCUAAUUACUACACACUGAACCAAGCUAUCUCUUCGAAAGGACAGACACUGGCCGACCGUGUGAAUCCCGAAACGGCCAAGCCAUUGCUUUUCGAUGCUGAAAACCUACCACCCAUCGCAUACCUGGAAGAUUGUGCACGCGAGGGCCGUAUGCGUCUGUGGCACACGCCGUUCCCAUUACUGGCAGUGGCCGACCAUUUCGAUGCUUCGGACUAUCACUAUGAAGUGGCAAAGCAAACAAUCGCUAGCUUCAGAGAGCAGACUGGACUUGACUGGGAUAACCUGGAUGGUCCAGGCCACACAAACGUAGAGUGCCACUUCUGCCUUACACAAAAUACUGCACCCUGGACUACCUAUGGAGAGGCGUCUGCAGCGCUCGGAACACGUCCACAAGAGUCGUUGUCGGACAGGGCUGCCGUUCUUGGAAAUGUUCAAGCUCUAUUCAGUACUUGUCAUGGGUUUGCUGACAAGGAAUUCACCUUGACUUGUCAGCAAUGCAACUCCAAAAUCACGCACGACUCUCUCUGCGUAGGAAAGCUGCGCAAGGACUUGAUCAGACUCGUCGAGAAAGACGUCAUUUUACCAGGAGGCAUCUUAGGCAGAGAGGGACUUCCAGGGAGAGUUGGCAAAGUCUCUGAUCCCAACGGCUGGUCGUACUUUGCAUUCCCAAGCAAGCUGAUGAAGAUCGGACGGGCCACACGAAUCCUCGAUCUCGGCGCCUCGGACAUGCAGAUGGCGAGCGUCCGCGAAGUCAUCGAAGACUAUCUCCUCGUCAAAGAACUAGUCAAGCAAGCCAAGCAUCACAAAGCUAGUUCGAAAGUCUUCCCAGAAGAAGGUUUGGCUCUUCGUCGCAUGAUGUCGAGGUAUUGGGAGAACUCUUCCGUGUUUGCAAUCAAUCUUGUCGGUGCAGUGAUACGUCAAGGCGACUUUGUGGAGAAGAUGCACAAUAUUGACUGGCUGCACUCGCCUGCGCUGUCGAACACCAUACCUCGCCUGAUACGCAAGUACUCGCGCUUCAUCGCCAUCAUUUCCCGGUACAGCAUGAUGGCUGUACCGACACUAGACGUAGACCUCGCCUGGCACACGCAUCAGCUCAGCCCCUCCAGAUACCUCCAAUACACCGUUGCGCAAAGCAGAACCUUCAUCGACCACGACGACAAGGUCGUAGAAACAAAACUCACAGACGCCUUUGCCGUUACCAGUAAGAUAUAUCAAAAACUGUAUAACGAGCCCUACUCGGAAUGCACUUGCUGGUACUGCGAAGCGGUGCGCGAAUCGCACACUUCAACCGCAUCACGCAUUUUCCGCAGCAACGUGGCCACCGCAGCAGAGAACUUGCACGCCACCUACGACGACCGUGUCGUAAAACGGCUAGCCGAGCUCGAAAAAGCAUACGACAAGGCCUGUCAGCGAGCCGACAAAAAGGGCAAGCAACGUCCCAAGAGAGACGACUAUUACUACUCCGACGCAUAUGGGUAUCCAGUGUAUAUCCCUGCGUAUGCACCGUACUAUGGCGCCAUGCCGUAUACACCAGUAGUCUACCCGAUCAAUCCUGGAUGUAUGGCGCUGGAAACAGGUGCGGUUGAAACUGUUGUGCCGGCACCUGUGGUGCGGCUGCUGCUGCGGGAUCGUGUGCUGCUUUGA